CAAGUUUCUUGAUGAGGUGUGCACAUGUCAUUAAAACAUUGACUUGCUCGACAUGUAGAAAGUGCAGUAUACAAAAUCACUUUUACAUGCUAUUUAAGAACUCAACUUGUGGGCUGCACAGUUCAAAUUUGAAACUGUUUUAAACUCUUAACCAUAUGUAUUUUAUUUUUCCCCACAUUGGACUGUCCUCUGUUAAACUUCUCUCUGUUAUUUGUGCGAGUGUGUGUGUGUGUGUAUGUGUGUGUGUAUAUGUGAGCGCGCGUGUGUGGUUUUUGUAGUGAAGAAGGCAAAAGCAGCCCCCUCAUUGAUGAAAGUGGUCCUCUGCCUGCCAACAGGGGACUGUAGACAUUUGCAAAGGCCAGCGAGCAUUCAAGCCCCAUCCCUCUUGUUUUUGUCUCCUCCAUUCUUUCUCUGCUCUCUUUCCCUCUUUCCCCCCCAAUUUAUUUUUAAACACAGUCCUAAAGGUCAGAAAUCAAGGACUCCGUCUGAAUGGGUGCUAAUUCUGCACUAUCCUGCAACACUUUUGAACGCUGCUUAGCCAUUCAACAAUUUUAUGGCUAAAACUUUGUUCCUUACCAUAUGUCCUUCAUUUUCUUGAUGUCAUUAUAUAUUAUAAUAAGACAAAAAUCAUGGUCUCAAAAGGCAUAUUUUAAGCAUCAGUGAACCAUAAUGUUACACUGGGUGAUGUGUGUUUAUCACAAUAAAUGCUGGCGCUUAUUGUACAUAUACUUGCUCCACAUUUAAAACAUUCCAUACACCAUUUUUCAGGUUUGAUGUGAAAUUCCAUUUUUUGGAUUAUCAGUGACACCAGCAAAGUUUGUAGCUGCUUUAGCCACUGACAGAAUACAACUAACAGAGUGACUAAGAUGAAGUUGGAUUUGUUCGGUGCAUGGAUAUCAAUUGGGAUUUAACUACAAUGAAAGUAUACCUAGCCCUAUUCCUUUUAAUGGUUAAAUUGAAACCACAGUAUUUAUUUUGGUUCAGUGGCAAGAGUUUCACAUAUUGUUAAAGAUAUGAGUGAAGAUGGGAAUUAAAGGUCUAGUAUGUAGAAUUUAUUGGCACAAAGGGUUACAUUUGCAUAAUGCAGCAAAGUAAAUACCCAUGGCAACCAAAUAAAGCAUGAAAGAAGACUUACUGUGGACAGUUUUAAUUUACAAGUGAUAAUAAUUACAUGAAAAGUUGAUUUUAUAUACUGAAUUCAGUAUCUGCUGAAUUCUACACACUGGACCUUUUGGGGUGGCAUUGGUAAAUGUCUUGUCUGAUAUAACCAUUUAAACUCACUUUUAUCCUGAGUUGUCUAAGAUAGCCACCAACAUCAUACAAUGUUGGUACGACAAUUAUUUUAACAGUGGUCUUCUUUUGUUGUUGUGUUUUACAGUUCUUUUUCCUGGCUCAGCCAGUCCUGUUUACCAGGCCCUGCUGAAAAUUCCACCCAACAGUUUUGUCUCCUGCAGAAUUUUCUCUCUCCAGUGUGCUUUUUUGUUUAUAUGUUGUAAUGAUUGUACGUCCAUAUUUAUGUGAGUUUUGGGGAUGGAUGCAAUAUGAGAGCAUUAAAAACAGAAAAAAAGAAAAGAAAUAAAAGGCAAAUUUGGAAGACCAGCCCAGGUCUAAUUCAGUCCAGUUUGGGUAAUUGACGCAGAGAUGGCAGGUAAGGAUAUCAGAAUAAUGAUGUACAAAUGGCACACUACUUACCCAUAAAUCUGUUUAUGCCAUUAGUGUUUGUUACCACUUUACUCUCUGAAAUGUGUUUCGGUAAGUAGACACUGACAGCUUUUGUAGUGUUCUUGCCAAAUCCUUAAAUCUCUCUUUGUUUGUGUGUAUCUCGAUUUUUCUCUGUGCUUUUAGUAGCGAAGCCGCCAACGUGAGUCGCUUGUUUCAGUAAACGUCUAAAUGAAAAUUGAGGGCACACCCAACUGGAGAAGCAGCUGUGCUUGCUAACGUUUGGUUCAUGACUUAAAAAACACAUGUUCAGGCUCCAUUCCAGAUGAGGCUAAAGCUUUGUCACUGAUGGCGCCAGCAAAUGCUGUGGCAGGAAUUUUGCCUGGUGGAGGACUUCUUCCAACACCCAACCCAAUCCAAAAUGCACAUAUGGGAGGGAACCCAUUUGGUCCAAACUUGGAUGCAAUGGCUGCAUUUGGCUUUCCAGGAACCAACUUGAAUCCUCAGGCUGCUGAUCAGCUAUUAAAGUUCAUGACUGAUCCAAAGCUGAAUCCACUGGCGGCAAGCUUAAACUUCAAUCCAGGCCUGAAGUCUGAUUCCUCUAAUAAGGAAAUUGAAGAGGCCAUGAAGAGAGUCAGAGAAGCUCAGUCGCUCAUUUCUGCCGCGAUUGAACCUGGAAAUAAGGAGAGCAAAAAGAAACACUCUCGUUCCCGUUCGAGGUCCAGAAGGAGGUGGUCUAGAUCCCGCUCAAGACACAGGCGAAGCAGAUCCAGGCGGCGAUCCAAGUCUAGAAGCAGGAAGCGCUCCAAAAGCCCACGCAAGAGACACACCGACUCCAGAGACCGAAGCAGGCGAUCACAAAGCAGAUCCAGAGAUAGAAAGAGAGAGGACACUGGGAGAAGAAGAUCCAAAACGCCACCCAAGAGCUACAGCACAGCCAGGAGGUCGCGCAGCGCGAGCCGGAGACACAGGAGAAGUCGCAGCAGCAGCAGAUCGCCCAAGAAGUCCCCAAAAAAGAGAAGCUCCGUUUCUCCAUCUGCUCGAAGACACAAGAAGGAGAAGAAAAGGGACAAGGAGCGGGACAGGGACCGCAGGAGUGAUAAAGAGCGCGGCCGGGAAGAACAUGAACGCUCCACUAGCAAGAAAAAGAAAAGUAAAGACAAAGAGAAAGACAAAGAGAAGGAGAAGGAAAAAGAGUGGGACAGGAAGUCAGAUGGUGAUAAAGGAGAUGUUAAGAUCACCAGAAACUAUGACGAAGAAGAACAAGGUUAUGACAGCGAGAAGGAGCGUGAGGACAGGAAGGACUCGGACGACUCUGCUCUGUCUCCUCACUCGCACGACGACAGCACAGCACGCCGCGCUAAGCAGACCAAAGUUAACGGUGCCGACGAUCAUCGCGAAGAGGACAUGGACGUCAGCGACUGAGACGUCUGUCCUGUUUUCUCCCCCUCCACACCCUCCACUUUGGCUGCGAAUGCAUUACAAAAAAAAAACAAAAAAAACCCUGUUUUUCUUACUGGGGUAAAUUUAAAAUGUGAAGAAUGUUUGCUGGACUGUAGGCGUCUUUCUCUGGCUUUGUCACAUUGCUUUAAAGAAACAGUGUUUAAGAAUUAGUGACAUCUGGUGGCGAUACUGUAAAUUGUAACAAAUGGAGGACUCCUCCGCACACUCUUCCCUUUUCACACACACACACGUGUAACUGAACUACGGUGGCUUUUGCAUACCAGAAAGAAUGUCAUUCUUCUUUGUAUGUGGACUACUCUGCUUCAGAACAUGAAAUACACACUCCAGCUGAUUUGCCUAUUAGGUCAGCUGUGGACACAUGGCCUUGUUAGAUGGUGGGUAAAGUAAAGAAAGGCUCUUGCCUGACAUACAUAUUAAAAGCUACAAAAUCCUUUUAUUAGAUUUGUUUUAAAGCAAUUUAUUAUACAACGAAAUAGCGUGUUUAUUAAAUUUCUCCCCCCUCCUAAACACACUGGACCUUUAAAGCAUUCAUGUGUGUUUUGCUUCUACUGAGUUGACUGUAAAACUGGAAGUAGGCUUGCUUUGCUUUCCUGAGUUUGUGAUUUCCUCUCUUCAUAUAUUAUUGUAUCCUUUCAUUUUUGUGGUGUGAUGCCCAGGCUUCUUUCCCCAUCCUUUUUUAUUUGGAAACAGUUAGUACAUUUGUUUCUUGUUCUUUAAAAGUGCUGAUGUUUUAUCAGGGAUUUCUUUUUUUUUUAUAUAAUAAAGCCUAUUUGAAGAA